AUGAACAUUUAUUUAAUACUGAUUGUAUUCAUAAAAUUGGUCUUUUCUGUUCAAUAUAAUCAACCAUGUACAUUUUCAUCUGGUAGUUGUAAAUGGAGUAUAGGUCGACGAUGGCAUAUUAUAAAUCUAGAUAAUAAUAAUAAAAUAUUAAUUGCUGAUGCUGAAAGUAAAGAAGAUGAACGAAAUGGUUUUACUGAUGUAAUUAUGACAUCAUGGUUAUAUUUAUCUUCAUUAUGUUCAUAUGAAAUUCGAUUAACAUUUCGAUAUACUAUUCAAAAUGAACAUGAUUUUCUCGAAAUUUAUUCUAUCGAAAAAUCUCGAACACGAAUGAAUUUAUUAGGUCAAUGGAAAAGUUUAAUCAAUAAAAAUAAUUCAUUAGAUAUAAAUGAUUCUAUAUGGCAACAAGGAAAUGUGACAUUUAAAGCAUCGAAAGAAUUUCGAAUUAAUUUUGAAGUUAGACAUUUACCCGAUACGAAUAAUAAUUCUAUAGUUUGGUUUGCUAUUGAUGAUAUUUUAAUUGAAAAUUGUCCAAAUGAGGUCAUAAAUACUACAAAUGAUACUCAAUAUAUAAUUGAGACUACGCCGACAAUACCAGUUUUAUCAACUACAGAUGCUUAUUUAAACGAAAAUAAUUCUACAAUAUUUAAUAUAUCUUCUUGGAAAUUAGAUGAUUUAUCUACUGAUAGUUCAUCAUCUCCUCGCCAAACACUUUUAACUUUAAUUCUUUAUUUAUUUUGUGCAUUAAUAGCAUUAACAUUAUUAAUUAUUCUCUUUACUAUUCUUAUAUUUACAUAUCGAAAACAUUGUUGUUCAUCAUCAUCAUCAUCAUCAACAACAAUUAUAAAUGAACAUCGAAAUCGAUUUAAUAAAAAUCAAUUAAAUAAUCGUAUUGGAAUACAAAUUGAAGAUAUUGAUCGUGAUUAUCAAACUGUAAAAACAAUUGAUAGUACUAUUCGACCAUGCUUUGAAUAA